AUGUCGAUAAGGUCUAACUCCAACCAGGCUACAGCAGUGGUCUCCGACAAGGAGGCCAGCAAUUUUGUGUCCCACGAUGGCGAGAAUCUGGCGGACUGCCCGCGGACGAUGGCGGACCUUGGGGUCAACGAGAAGCAGCUCGUUCGCAAGAUGGACUGGGCCCUAAUUCCUUUGGUGAUGCUCCUUUAUUUGUUUAGCUUUUUGGACCGUGUCAAUAUCGGCAAUGCCCGCCUGUACAAAAUGGAAGCUGAUCUUGACAUGCAUGGCACUCAAUACCAGACGGCCGUGUCUAUCUUAUUCGUCACGUACCUCACCUUUGAGGUUCCAAGCAACCUUCUGCUUAAAAAGCUCACGCCGAGCCGCUGGAUCGCUUUUAUCACAAUGACCUGGGGAAUUAUCGCUACCUUGACCGGAAUUGUUCAAUCUUACGGGGGUUUGAUUGCCUGCCGCCUGUUACUAGGCGUCGUUGAAGCCGGAUUGUUUCCCGGUCUUAAUGUCUACCUAACUAUGUUCUACACACGUCGCGAGAUCGCGCUCCGUGUUGGCUUCCUAUUCGUAUCUGCCGCUAUAGCGGGUGCUGUCGCAGGCCUUCUUGCCUACGGUAUUGGGCACCUGGAUGAAGGCCUGCCUAGUCCUGUCCUGGGCUUUGCCACAUAUUUCUUGUUGCCAAACGAGCCAGAGACAGCCUACUUCCUCAAUGAGGCCGAGAAGCGUGCAGUCGCGUUACGCUGGGCCAGCGAGUACGGCAAUACGAAGAGUGCCCAAGAGUUCAGCAAGGUCGACAUGAUGAAGGCUUUUACGGACUGGAAGGUGUGGGUUUUUUGCGCGGGUCAAUUUGGUGCCGACACCAUGCUUUAUGGCUUUUCUACAUUUCUGCCAACCAUCAUCAAGAGCCUAGGUCACUGGACGACGGCCCAGGUCCAGCUACUAACCAUUCCCGUCUAUUUUCUUGGCGCCGCCGCUUAUAUGACUUCAGCUUUUCUCUCAGACCGUAUACAGCGCCGUGGUGUUUUCUGUAUCGUCUUUGGACUUAUCAGCGUGGUUGGAUACGGUGUGUUAAUCUCAGACACGUCGGCAGGCGUGCACUACUUUGGCUCAUCAGUCGAUGCGCCCCGCUUUAUACGCGGUCAUGCCGUUACCCUAGCCAUGGUUGCCUUCGCCGCUGUCACUUAUGGGUUUAUGUGGUGGUAUCUUGAUUUCGUAAAUAGGUCAAGAGAUGUCAAGGAGAGAGAGGCAGCAGAACAGGGCUGUCCUUUGCCCCCCCGUGAAGAAUCGGAAGACUUAGGCGACGACAGCCCAUAUUUUCGCUACAUGACAUAG